AGGUCCACCUCUGCUGGUGGUCUGACUGAUUUUAAGGCGUUAAUGAUUAAAGAAUUAAUCGCUACAAUUACAUCAUCUUAUUAAUAUUCAUGAACCAGACUUUUUAUAAGACGCUUUCCCACUUUUCACAUCAUUCAAUAUCCGUUUCCACAACUAACACACACACGAAUCACACAAUGUUAAGGGUUCUUGCUGUUUUAAUGCUCACUAUGUGGGCCAUACGGGCAGAAGAUAUACUAACUCCAGAAAUCAACAUUCUCAAUGAACUUGGCAAGAUUAAAACCUUGGAAAUAACAAUUAAAGAUAUGGAAAUUGAAAUGGAGCGACUCAGGACAGAAAACAAAGCACAGGCCAACACACUGACGUCCUUGUAUGAUGCAAUGAAGAUAAAAGUGGAUGAACUAAUAAAGCAGAACACAGAUUCAAAGGUUGCUUUCUCAGCUUCUCUUCUAACCAGUCAUGGUGCAACAAAUGUUGGACCCUUUUCAGAUUUACAAACCCUGAUUUACAAGCACGUCUUUCUUAAUAUAGGAAACGCCUAUGAUUCAAACACAGGAAUCUUUACAGCACCGGUUAGAGGAGUCUAUGCGUUCAGAGUCUUUUCUAAAGCUGUUGGAAGUGCAGAUAAAUCUGUUACUGCAGGCCUGUUUAAAAAUGACCAGCAUAUAAUUUCAACACAUGCAGACCAACAAAACGGGUUCUACAGCUCUUCAAAUGGGGUUUCUUUGCUUUUAGAAAAAAACGAUCAGGUUAAAGUUAAUCUUUAUCCUGGACGAUGGAUUUUCGACAAUGGUGAACACCAUCACAGCACAUUCAGCGGACACCUGCUUUUCCCAAUGUUGUCUGGGGACCCCUUGGAACCUUUUGGGGACCACUUGGAACCUUUUGAGGGACCUGAGAUUGAAAAACCCUGAUCUACAUGUAUUAUUAAUUAUAAGUCCCAAAUAAAUGUUAGUGCAAAAUA